AUGCAAGCUGAACGAAGAAAAGAAGAAUUACAAAAGAAAAGACAAAAACUUGAAGAGCUCAGAAGAGCGAGAGAAGAAAGAAAAACUCCCCCAUCAACUGAACAACCAAAACCAUCAAAAGCACCACCAACAGAGACACCAGCCCAAUCAAAUCGUCAGGAUGAAUUGAAAGCUCUUCUUGCGGAUUUAUUGGAUCCAAAACCCGCUUCUAAAGAACCAGAAACACCGGCACCAGCGGUACCGGAAGAAGCCGCCUCAACAGAAACACCGAGUCUUGAUAGUCCACCUUCCGCUGAUACAGCGGGACCUCCUUCUGCCCCUGCUAUUCAGAGUAGUUUAAGUUCCGAAGCUCAUUCUUCAGCUGCCCUAGGAGGAGCCCGUUUCAUUCCUCAAUUUGUAACAUUUGGAGAAAUUAUAUUGGAUAUUCCUCCAAAGGAAAUUGUAUAUUAUACCAAAGAAACACAAACCUUAGAUACUUCCUUUGUCCCACCACCACCUUCAGAAGAGGAAAUUCGGGAAAAAGUUAAGAAAGAAUUUGAUGAUGAAAUAAAAGCCAGAGAAGCAGCUGCUGAAGAACAGCGGUUGAAAAGAGAAGCUGAAAAGAAAAAGGAAGCGAAACUUAAUGAAUUAUCUGAUCAAGAAAAAAAGGGUAUUGUUAUUUCACCAGAAUUCAAUGAUUUUAUAAAGUAUUCAUCAAAGAUUGUAGAAAGGGCUCUUAAUGAGAAUUAUGAUUUAAUGAGGGAUUAUACUAUUGAUGAUGAAACUGAAAAUGAGAUAAAUGAUGGUCCAUGUGUAAAAUUUUUAUGUUCCUACUUUGAUGAACGAUGGAGCAAAAAUCGAUUUGUUACAGAUAAUCCUGAAUUAAGUGUCGCGUCAUAUAAUAAAAAUCCUUAUAAUAUGAAUGAUCCUGAUGGGAUUGUUUUGGUAUGGAAUUUAAGACUAAUUGAACGUCCAGAAUUCGUUUUCCAUUCUCAGUCGGAUGUUUUGACAACGAUGUUCUCAGCCUUCCACCAAAAUCUUAUUAUUGGUGGAACUUAUUCGGGUCAAGUAUUACUUUGGGAUAUGAGAGCAAAAAGUUUACCUGUCCUUAAGACACCACUUUCUUGCAAUGGUCAUACACAUCCCAUUUAUUCGAUGCAAAUGGUGGGAACUCAAAAUGCACACAAUCUUAUCACUGCUAGUACUGAUGGAUUAUUGUGUUCAUGGCAACUGGAUAUGUUAUUACAACCAACGGAAACAUUGGAAUUAGUGCAUUCCGAACAUACAAAAACUGAUGAAGUUUCAGUUACAUCAUUUAGUUUUCCAGAAAAUGAGACAUCCGCUUUCUGGGUGGGAACAGAAGAAGGAAAUAUUUAUCAAGCAAAUAGAUUUGGUCAUGCUGGAGGUAAAGCUGGUAUAAACCCUUAUGACUUUUACAAAGGUCAUUGGGGUCCCGUAACAGGGCUUCAUUUCCAUCCACUUAUGGGACCUAUAGACUUUUCCGAUUUAUUCCUGACCUCAUCUGUAGAUUGGACGAUUAAACUAUGGAAAGCAAAAUCAAUUGCCAAACCAUCAUCUUCAGCUCAAAUCAUCUCUUCAAUAUAUUCAUUUGAAGCUACUGAUGAUUAUGUUUAUGAUGUUAAAUGGUCACCCUCUAAUCCAGCCAUGUUUGGUUCGGUGGAUGGUAAAGCAAAUUUCUCGGUAUGGAAUUUAAAUGAUGACCCUGAAAUUCCGAUUGUUAAUACUCAAGUUGGAACUGGUAGAGCUUUAAAUAAGUUGCAAUGGGAUAAGGAUGGUAAAAGAGCUGCUAUUGGAGCUUCAGAUGGACGAGUUCAUGUAUAUGAUUUAUCCAUUCCACGUGAUGAUGAAUGGGUUAGGAUGCAAAAAACAAUUGCAGAGAUGAUGGACGGUGGGGAACUAUUAGGAAAAUAUAGACUUUACAAAGUGUAA